CUUCUGAGGUGGUAGCUGUUAGUAGUAGAAUGCCGGAUUGUAGACAUUUUUGGAGGUACUUUAUUGCUUAAGGACCCAUGUAAACAAUCAUCCGGAAACUAGAUCAGAUUUUGAGUGACUGCAUGCAUAACUAGGAAGAGUUUUUGAUGACUUGCUGCACUGGAGUAAUGGUUAUAUACUUGUAUAUAUCAGUGUGAUGUAAAUGUAAACAUUCCGUGGAGAGCAUAUGAUUGGGGGAGAUCUAUAUAUGUGUGAAUGAUUUGUUUGAUGCACCUAUCCAACGUGUUAUGCUGUACUCACUGUGUAUAUCACACACAUUUUUUUUUAACUGAAGAGGGGAAACGAGGAGGAGGUUUCAUGUGUCGGGGAAAAAGUAAUGUUCCUCAGUUAACUGGGUCAAGAAAGAGCAAGUGUUCUGUCAAUUGUGACCUGGUAUUAUUCUGGUGAAUGCAAUUCUUCUCUGACUUUUUUGUGCACCUUUUAAGGAAGGGAGUGACUAUUUGCUCUCCUUGCUUUUGUGAAACGAUUUAUUAUUACAUUUCCCUGUAAGAGUGUAUGUACAUAAACUGGUGAAUUUCAAUAUGGUUUUUCAAAUUGAUUGAUAUACACAGGUCUCUGUUUAAACAGAGACGGGUCUACUGUGUCAGUACUUGAAGAUCAGAGGUCAAUGACAGAUAGGGGACAGGUGGAAUUGUGCAGACAGUGCAGCGUCUUGACUCCAGAUAGAGAUCCUGAAAGUCAGGUGGCUUUUGGUGACAUCAGUGUCGUCAGCUGAGAAGAAGGAAUAAAAAAAUUGUUCCAGAAUUUUCUUGCAAACUUCUGAGAAAUGUACUGUAAUCUUAUCUGAUGAGUGGACAUUAAGAGUAUAUAAGCGUAAAGGAAUGAUUUUUAUCAGUCAAGUGUGAACAACUAGCAACAUUCAGUACAGUAACUGUCAUACUGAUCAUAAUCUUCUCUGAGGAAAAGAGGAAGGAGACUGAGGGGACCAGCUUCUGGAACAAUGUCAAAGAAGAUAAUUGGGAAGAACCUCUCGGAGGUGAGUCUGAACGAGAACCUCCCUGAGAAGCUCAAGUCCAUGGGGGUGGAGGAUGCUUUCCGGGCCCGAUCCGCACGAAAACGGCACAGCAUCCAGCUGGAUAAGCGGAUCAGCAUCCAGCUCCAGGAGCGGAGAUCCAGCAAUGCUAGCUCCACCAGUGAGACUGCGGACUCUGUAUCCUCGUACACUGGAAGUUCAUCUGAUGAAGACGAGGUCAACCCACGGGACAAGAACCAGAGAAACUCUAAAGGCAGCACCGACUUUUGCGUGAAGAAUAUUGACAAUGCCGCUUUCGGAAGACGUGAGAUUGAGAUUGCUGAGCAAGAAAUGCCAGGUCUUAUUGCUCUCAGAAGACGUGCAGAAAAUGACAAGCCGCUCAGCGGGGCCAAAAUCAUUGGUUGUACCCACAUCACUGCACAGACCGCGGUGCUGGUGGAAACUUUGGCAGCUCUUGGAGCCUCAGUGCGAUGGGCAGCUUGCAAUAUCUACUCUACACAAAAUGAGGUGGCUGCUGCGCUCGCAGAGGCGGGAUUUUCAAUCUACGCCUGGAAGGGCGAGACUGAGGAGGAUUUCUGGUGGUGCAUUGACAAAUGUAUCAACUCGGAGGGCUGGCAGCCAAACAUGAUCCUGGAUGAUGGAGGGGAUGCCACCCACCUGAUGUUGAAGCGCUACCCCGCCAUGUUUAACAUGAUCAAGGGGAUUGUGGAGGAGAGCGUAACUGGUGUCCAUCGUCUGUAUCAGCUCUCAAAGUCCGGAAAACUUACCGUGCCUGCCAUGAACGUCAAUGACUCUGUCACCAAGACAAAGUUUGAUAACCUGUACAGUUGCCGUGAAUCCAUCCUGGAUGCAUUGAAACGCACAACGGAUGUGAUGUUUGGAGGCAAACAGAUCAUCAUCUGUGGAUAUGGCGAGGUUGGAAAAGGUUGUGCGUCGGCCCUGAAGGGACUUGGUUGUAAUGUGCUGGUCGCUGAAAUUGAUCCAAUCUGUGCCCUCCAAGCUUGUAUGGAUGGAUUCCGUGUUACCAGACUAGAGGAGGUUGUCAAAAAUAUUGAUAUCCUUAUUACCUGUACAGGAAACAAGAAUGUGGUGACCAGGAACCACAUGGACAAGAUGAAGACGGGCUGUAUUGUGUGUAACAUGGGCCACUCCAACACAGAGAUUGAUGUGGGCUCGCUGCGUACCCCGGACCUGACGUGGGAGAAGGUGAGAUCACAGGUAGAUCACAUCAUCUGGCCGGACGGCAAGAGGAUCAUCCUGUUAGCCGAGGGUCGUCUGGUGAACUUGAGCUGCUCCAGUGUCCCUUCCUUUGUGGUGUCCAUCACCUCAGCUACACAGGCCCUGGCCCUGAUUGAAUUGUACAACGCACCCCAGGGGCGAUACAAGCAAGAUGUCUACCUACUGCCAAAGAAAAUGGAUGAAUAUGUAGCUAGUUUGCAUUUGCCUACAUUUGAUGCCCACUUAACAGAAUUAACUGAUGAACAGGCAAAAUACUUAGGUCUGAAUAAAACUGGUCCAUUCAAGCCAAACUACUAUAGAUAUUAAUGAAACACCCAUCAUUAGAAGUUUUAAACAUCACACCAGUGUCACUAUAAUGUCACCCUCCUUCAAGAGUGAGAUCUAUUUAUAGAAGUCUGUUGCAGACUCAGAGCUUUACGUUGUUUUAGGCGCAUUUUGAUUGGUCGACUUUCCACCAGGGGAUUUCCCUGUUAGUUGAACUAUUGUUUGGUACUUCAAGCACUGUAUCUUGUGAUAUUGAAUACUUUUUGUACUGUGAUGGUUUUGUUGAUUUUGAAGACUGAUUAUCAAAUCUAAUGUCCGAUGUUUUUAACUUUAAGCAUUAGUGACAUUUUUUUUAAUAUUCCCCAUUUAAAUGGAAUUACUUGUAUGAAAAAUUCACUUGUAUGAAUGUUUAACAUAUGUAAAGAAAAUGCAAGUUUUCAUAUUACUGACAACAAAUAUUUUUAUUUUGUGCCAAAUGUUAUCGGUAGCUUCUGAAAGUAGACUUAUAUUUCUUGUCCAUGGAACAACAACUCAAAAAAAAAAGAUUUUUUGAUUUUGUGAGGAAAAAUUACAAAAAGAUUAGAAGGCGUUUUUUUCAAAAAAAUAUAUUACUCUUUAUAGGACUCUUUUUUAAAUACAGAAAAGAGGCUUUGCAAUAUUUACAAACAUGGCAACUUGUUUGAGAGAAAGAAAGAGAGAGUUAGUUUUUCACUGUUAGAAAGAGAGGAUCAUGUACGAUCAGUGUGUAUGUUUGUUAGUCAGUGUGUGUGUGUGUCAUAUGUUAUCAUGUUAAUCAGAAAAAAGGUGUAAUGGAAUAUGUUAUUGAAUUAUCAGGAGUGGAUCCAUUACUCAAAGGAGUGGAGUUGAAAUCAGCAAUAAUAAAGAAGAGAUUGAUACUUGAAGAACUGAACAACAAUUUAAAAGAAAGCGAAUUAUAAUGACAGAAAUAAGAACUCAAGCAAAGGAAAAUAAAGAAAAGGAUGAUUUUUAAUUCCUUAAAAAAUAUGGAUCCACCCCUCAAAGCAUUAGUAAUCAGUUUGUGAUGUUAUCAUGUAUCAACAUAUUUUGAGAUUUAGGUCAUAUGACACUUUAGUUUUAUUAUAGGAGAGCUUAUUCAUCAUACAUUCCCAUAACAUCUACAAAUAUUUGAUACUGAUAAUCUAAAGAAGGGUUGUUUUAUUUCGUUAUUUUUCUUUUUUUUCUUUUUUUUUUUUUUUUGGUAAAUUUCCAACAUGGUCUGCCAUUAUCUCAGGAGCAAAAAAUAUUUCAUUCUGUUUCUGGAAAAAAAAAAGAAAUGAUGCAUGUAGUUGUUUCUUUCCUUAUUCCUGUAAAUCUCAGGGGAAAACAUGAUGAAUUAUCAAAUUUAUUUAUUGCUUAAAAAUUUUAACAUUCAAAACUUUGUAUUGAGAUGCACAGGUUGUGUAAAGUUGAUGGGAAAAAAUCCGUAUAUGGAACCGUUGUCAAAUUGAUUCAUCUAUCUAGUUCUCUCCCUUUCAUGCAUUUAAUUCCAGACCCGAAAUGCAUUCAUUUCAACUUUAAAUUCAUUGUUUAAUUCCAUUAGUUUUCCUCAUAUGGCAACUGUUUUCAUUUUGAUAGACCAUUUUGACUAUUUUUUUUCUUCAAAUUUAAUACCAUAUAUAGAAAUGAGAUAAAGAAAACAAAUUCAAAAUUAUUUGUAUGACUAAGAGUUUUGCUUUACUAGUCAACACUGUACCGUUUUGUCAAAGUUUUGAUUUUUUUGAUAGACAAAAUAAACUAUUUCAAACAGAA